AUCAUGGUGCAUUUUACUGCUGAGGAGAAGGCUGCUAUCACUGGCCUGUGGGGCAAAGUGAAUGUGGAAGAGGCUGGAGGCGAGGCUCUGGGCAGGCUCCUGGUUGUCUACCCCUGGACGCAGAGGUUCUUUGACAGCUUUGGCAACCUGUCCUCUCCCUCUGCCAUAAUGGGAAACCCCAAGGUCAAGGCCCAUGGCAAGAAGGUGCUGACAUCCUUUGGAGAUGCUGUUAAGAACAUGGACAACCUCAAGGGCGCCUUUGCUAAGCUGAGUGAGCUGCACUGUGACAAGCUGCACGUGGAUCCUGAGAACUUCAGGCUCCUGGGCAACGUGAUGGUGAUUAUUCUGGCUUCUCACUUUGGCAGAGAAUUCACCCCUGAGUUGCAGGCUGCUUGGCAGAAGCUGGUGGCUGGUGUUGCCACUGCUCUGGCCCACAAGUACCACUGA